AUGACCUGGCCUUUAUACUACCCAAACUCGACUUAUUCGAGUCUAAAGAUAUUAAACUUGGACGCGCUGGUUCAGGACCUCCGUUCCAAGGGACUAGAAAACCUGUGCUGUCUAAAGCAGGCUUUUCCGCUGCACGUUGAGCUUCUGGCGCGGAAAGGUGUAUUUCCCUACGACUAUGUGACCAGUUUCGAGGCUUACCGGGAGCCCGAGCUACCGCCCCGCGAAUCAUUUUACAACAAGCUUAACGACAGCCAAAUUUCGGAGGAGGACUACCGCCACGCCCAAACCGUCUUUCAAACAUUCAAUUUCAAAAGCCUAGGAGAAUACAGUGACUGCUACCUGAAACUCGACUGCCUACUUCUCGCCGACGUGUUCCAAAAUUUUAGGAAAUGGACUUUAGACACGUACGAGCUCGAUCCGUUACACUACGUUUCCCUGCCCGCGCUCAGUCUUGCCUGCGCACUUAAACAGACUGGGGUAAAACUGGAGCUGCUCGACGAUGUGGAUGUGUAUCUGUUCAUCGAAGCUGGUCUGCGCGGAGGAAUUGUUCAAUGUGCCAUUCGUAACACGAGGGCUAACGUGCCAGGAACCGCAUGUUUUGAUCCGAACACGGCGGUUUCUCAAAUUUUAGACCUCGGCGUGAACGGCCUGUACGCUUCCACCAUGCGGCAAGCCCUUCCAUGCGCAGAUUUUCGCUGGCUAGACCGCGAGGAAAUCGACGCUCUCCACUUCCAGCAGGUUACCGACGACGCGCCCGAGGGUUACAUUUUAGACGUGGACCUCGACUAUCCUCGGGAGCUACACGAUUCGCACGCGGACUUUCCCCUGGCUCCCGAGAAACGAGGAGUCCCGCUCGAAUGGCUCUCACCCUAUCAAAAGGCGCUCGUCGAAAAAUUUCACCUACUCCAGCGAGAGUCUGAGCGAAAGCUGCUUCUCACCUUUUACCCGAAACGGAAUUACAUCAUUCACUACCGAAAUCUCAAGCUGUAUCUGGAGUUGGGCUUACAGCUAAAGGCCAUUCAUCGCGUUUUAAAGUUUUCGCAGAGUGCAUUCCUUAAAGAUUUCAUCGACUUUAACCACAACCUGCGAAAACAGGCGACUAAUGCUUUUCAAAAGAACCUAUCUAAACUCAUUAUGAAUUCAAUUUAUGGCAAGACAAUCGAAAACCCACGCCAGUACAAUAACGUUGUCAUUAGCGUGAGCGAGGACGAAGUGCUCAAAAACCUGCAGAAGCCUAACCUCAGGCAGUUUGCGGCAAUCAGCCCGACCGUGGUGAUCUUUCAGUUUUCCCAGAGAACGCUACACUUGAACAAACCCGUGUACGCGGGUUUCUCUAUCCUAGAGAUGUCCAAACUGGUCAUGUACGAAUUUUUCUACAAGCAGGUCAGGCGCGUUUUCCCCGACGCUCGCGCAGCGUACAGCGACACGGACUCGUUCAUUCUCCAAAUCACCGACCCGGAUGUAGACUCGAAGCUCGCGACCCUUGCCGAAACUCACCUGGAUACUUCUGGGUACCCGGGCGAUCACCCCUUGUUUUCUCCCGCAAACAAAAUGAAACUAGGAGUGUUCAAAAAUGAAUUCCCAAAAGAUCACAUUCUUGGAUUUGUUUGUCUGAAACCAAAACUCUAUUCGCUCGAACUAGCCUCCCGAGAGCACUAUGUGAGGGCGAAAGGAGUGAAAAGGUGCGAGUCCCGUAAGCUAACCUACGAGCUCUACGUUCAAACUCUCGAGCAACAAACUCUGCACAAGAUCACGCAGCGGACUAUCGCUCGUAAGUUGUGCGAGAACAAGACUGUUGCCGUGGAGAAGAUAGGACUCAACCCGUUUGACAACAAGCGCUUCAUCGACACCGACGGCGUUUCAACUCUUCCUUUCGGACAUUGGAGCCUCUAAGUGAAGUGCUUUCUCUGAUCUCCAUCAUUUC